UUUUACUCUGUAUCAGGGCUGAUUCAUAAACUCUAGUACUAGUGAAUUUCUCUGUAUAAUUUUAUCUAUAUGGUAAUACUAAAACCUGAUUACCAUGAUUUGAAAUGGUUUGUCGUGUCUGGUCAUUUUUACUCUCAGGGUCUCAAUAGAUAUUAAGAUAAUAUUAGGCCUUGUUUUCUUACAACAAGCUUUGACCCGGGUUGAGCGAGACAGAUUGCAUGGAGGCCGUCCGUAAGCUGACACAAUAACAAACAGCCACGCCUGCGUGAAAGAUUAAUUUCCGCAAGGAAUGUUUCUGUUUAUUCUGUUUAGCCAUAUUUUUGUUGCUUGAGACGCACCGUGAGUCAGAUUGCAGCAUCAGUAACAAGCUGCUUCCGGGGCAUUGAUACAUGCAUUGUGUACUUGCGUCUGUCACCCAGGUGGGUCGCUGCGACGCAGGUACGACCCAGCUACACGGUUUCACAGUACACAGGACUGUGACCUGGGUAGCCAGAACCUGGGUCAGGACCUGGGUAGAAGUGCCAAUGUGAAAGGGGCAUAGGGCUUCAGUGCCAGAAACCCUGGUGAUAGUCCAGUGUGUUCAUAUAACCAGCCUCUGAAGCACAGUUAAAUACCAGCUGUGUACUCUGAGUCAUAAAGAAAAAAAGGUGCAAGAAAAAACAUUUCAAAGGGGAAAAAUAGUCAUUUUCUGAUUUCAGUUUGUGGGUUGUCCAGACAUUGCAGCGUGUCUGAAUUUGUAAAGGGAUGGAGUACUCAAGACUCCCUUAAGAACAAAAAAAAAAAAAAAAAAAAAAAACCACACUUGCCUCAGUCAGGUGUUAAUUGACAUUCUCCCUGCAUCCUUUCUUCCUUACAAGUUGAUAUCUGGGGUUUUCUUUUUAUCAUUUUAUUUAUAUGUAAACAUAAGAGACGAAAAAAAACAAAACAUUAUGCUCAUAAAAAAUGAACGUGUUUGUCACAUCGCCCUCACCGCAUGGUAUGUUUGAUUUGAGUUACCAGAAGUUACACAAGUAAACUUUUGUUCUUUGGCUGAAAGAAAAUGUAUUCACUUGAAGACUGGACUCAGGGGCGGUCUAUGUGACUCGGCCUCCUGCAGCGCAAAGAACGAACUCUGACUUGAACAAGACGUGUUUUUUUUUUUUUUUUUAAGUAAGCCGACGUCUUAUUUUAAAUACUGUUCAAUUACUCGCGUUGCGUAAUUAGAGUGCAAGUUUUAUAGUUUGAUUCAAUCCCUGCGCAUUACUUUUUUUGCUCAGAUUCUGCCUCCGUUGCCUGGAGACCUGCUUAAGCAGCCAUGGAGAGUAAGCUGCAGCUUGUAACUCUUUUCUUACUGCAGCUUCUCGUAAUUAGAGACGGUUUGAGUUUUGGCAUCAGAAAUGACCACCUGGGCAAAUGCAUCCAGCUGAUCCCGGGGAAGGGCAGGGUGGCCUUGGCUGAGUGCAACCCUGAGUCUGAGCUGCAGAAAUGGGACUGGCAAGCCAGCUCACAGUCACUGAUCAGUCUGAAGACCAAGGAGUGCCUGACUGCCGCCAGAGCCAAGGAGCACGAGAUGGUCAGGCUCCAAGUCUGCAGGGAGGGGGAGAACCAGGGCUGGAGCUGCUCAAAGAAGGGCCACCUUACUCUCCAGGGGCAGGGGCUGCACCUGAGCACCAAGCAGGGCUCCUCCAAGGUCUUCCUCUCCAAGGAAAGGGGCAAGACCAGCAAGUGGAGGACGAUGCACAACGGGACUAUGUGUGCGGAGGCAGCCAAGCCCCCAACCUGGAAGCAUGAGGGUCCAACAGAAAGGGUGCAGCAACCGACAUUGACCCUGCAGACAACUGCAUUUGUACCUACAAUGAAAGCUGAGACAGCAGCAACGAACCUCUCCAUGAAAGAGCCUGAUCCUACUGUCCCCAGUGUCCCGGAUGUCAGCACAGACACACAGAGAACAGAGAAGCCUUUGAUCAGCCUGGAUGAUGGGAUAAGCUGGAAGGUGGCCAUGCUAGUUCUGAGUUCCUUGGCUCUGCUUCUGGGGCUGACUAUACUGUCUCUCAACAUCCACUACAACAGAAAGAAGAAGUUGCUGUUGGUUUCAAAGCCCUACGGGGCUGGCAAUGUGCGCGGGCCAGUCGCUGGGAACCCAGAUGAGAGGGCACCCCUAACCCAGCGUCCCGCCAGGGGGGGCAGCCGCCACCCCCCUCCGUCCCGCUCCCCCUCCCUGCAGCGCGGCGAGAUCCUGAUAGAGUGGAAGGAUGGCACUGUCACCCCGCUGUUCGACAGCGUCGGCUAAAUGACAGACUGAGGGCUCAUCGAUCUACCCCCAGCACCCUUAACAGCAAACAGCAUCCCCUUUCUGAGCUUAGGGUCCUCCACCGAUAGAAGCUGCAUGCUACCUUUUAUAGUAAAAGCAUAGCAAAGUGUAAUAAACAGUGGUGGGGAAAUUACUUUAAAAAAAUGUAAUCAGAUUACAGUAAUGCAUUGCAUGUCAUGUGUUAUUCUCCAACAAUGGUAGUGAAGCAUAGGGAAAGCAUGGUGAAGCAUACAGUAAGUAAGCAUUGUUAACUCCAAAGAUGUAUGGUAAAGCAUUAAAAAACAAACAUGACAAGCCAUUUUAUACUCUGUUAAUGAAUAGUAUAACCAUGGAAAAAGCAUGGGAAAUUACUGUGGUGAACUCUGGUAAGAGUUGUACUGACUUCCAGUUCAAAGAGGAAAUGCUACACAUGCUCCCGCUGAUGUUGCAGACACUGAGAUUUGACUGUGUUUUCUAAUUUGGGAUUGCCAGCGUGUCUCAUGCCCGUGUGCAUCAUGACACUGUCUGCAGCGUGUCUCUCAUGCCCGUGUGCAUCAUGACACUGUCUGCAGCGUGUCUCUCAUGCCUGUGUGCAUCAUGACACUGUCUGCAGCGUGUCUCUCAUGCCUGUGUGCAUCAUGACACUGUCUGCAGCGUGUCUCUCAUGCCCGUGUGCAUCAUGACACUGUCUGCAGCGUGUCUCUCAUGCCCGUGUGCUUCAUGACACUGUCGGCAGCGUGUCUCUCAUGCCCAUGUGCAUCAUGACACUGUCUGCAGCGUGUCUCUCAUGCCCGUGUGCAUCAUGACACUGUCUGCAGCGUGUCUUUCAUGCCUGUGUGCAUCAUGACACUGUCUGCAGCGUGUCUCUCAUGCCCGUGUGCAUCAUGACACUGUCUGCAGCGUGUCUCUCAUGCCUGUGUGCAUCAUGACACUGUCUGCAGCGUGUCUCUCAUGCCCGUAUGCAUCAUGACACUGUCUGCAGCGUGUCUCUCAUGCCCGUGUGCAUCAUGACACUGUCUGCAGUGUGUCUCUCAUGCCCGUGUGCAUCAUGACACUGUCUGCAGCGUGUCUCUCAUGCCUGUGUGCAUCAUGACACUGCAGCGUGUCUCUCAUGCCCGUGUGCAUCAUGACACUGUCUGCAGCGUGUCUCUCAUGCCCGUGUGCAUCAUGACACUGUCUGCAGUAUGUCUCUCAUGCCCGUGUGCAUCAUGACACUGUCUGCAGAGCGUCUCUCAUGCCUGUGUGCAUCAUGACACUGUCUGCAGCGCGUCUCUCAUGCCUGUGUGCAUCAUGACACUGUCUGCAGUGUGUCUCUCAUGCCCGUGUGCAUCAUGACACUGUCUGCAGCGUGUCUCUCAUGCCCGUGUGCAUCAUGACACUGUCUGCAGUAUGUCUCUCAUGCCCGUGUGCAUCAUGACACUGUCUGCAGAGCGUCUCUCAUGCCCGUGUGCAUCAUGACACUGUCUGCAGCGUGUCUCUCAUGCCUGUGUGCAUCAUGACACUGUCUGCAGAGCGUCUCUCAUGCCCGUGUGCAUCAUGACACUGUCUGCAGCGCGUCUCUCAUGCCUGUGUGCAUCAUGACACUGUCUGCAGCGCGUCUCUCAUGCCUGUGUGCAUCAUGACACUGUCUGCAGUGUGUCUCUCAUGCCUGUGUGCAUCAUGACACUGUCUGCAGCGUGUCUCUCAUGCCUGUGUGCAUCAUGACACUGCAGCGUGUCUCUCAUGCCCGUGUGCAUCAUGACACUGUCUGCAGCGUGUCUCUCAUUCCUGUGUGCAUCAUGACACUGUCUGCAGCGUGUCUCUCAUGCCUGUGUGCAUCAUGACACUGCAGCGUGUCUCUCAUGCCCGUGUGCAUCAUGACACUGUCUGCAGCGUGUCUGUUUGUAAAGCAGCUUUAGUUUAAUGCAGUGUAAAGACAUUAGAGCAGUGCAGAGCAGGGUGACAGGUGCUACAGUUAUAGUGCACCUGCACAACGCAGAAAAAGGGUGCCUUUGCGUGUGUUUCAAACCUUGUGUUUGUCACUUUUCAAAAAGUAGGAGUUAAAGGCUGAAGUAAAUAUGGAGAAAAUUCAGAUGACCUUUUACUCAAAAGCAUUUUAAGACUAACAUGUUUUUGUUUCUCAUUCAGAUCAAGAAUAAAAACUUUAGAAUACAAAUCUUUGUGAAUUUCCCCCAUUGUGUCUUGGUAUCCACAUGCUAACUGUUACUAUCUGUGCUCUGUUUCAUCAUUAACAGCGCUGUAAGAAGCAACAGUACUGGUUCACAACCUCCAAAUAAAAACUACUUACCAGUGA